AUGCAAAAGCCUUAAGAAAAUCAAAGCAUAGAGCAGCAAAUAUAUAUCAAAUCUAGGCUGAUUCAAAAUCUCUAAAACUACCUAGUGGACGAUGAAAAAAAGAAGGAGAGUUUAAUCAAAAGAAAUCCCCAGUACACCAAUUUAUUCCUUAAAGAGCAAUAAAAACUAAAAAUACAUGGUCACUAAAACAAGCCGCUUGAUUCCUUAGCUGCAUUUAUACAAAAAUUAGAUAAAAAAUUGAAUAUCUGA